UUAUGUUACUUGGCUAAAUUUUACUUGUACGUUUACUAAUUUUUUUUGCACAUGUAACUGUUCAGUGGUCUAUAAUUACUAUCUAUAUAAUAAAAAAACAAAUAUUAGUAUAAUAAAUAAAUUACAAAGACAAUUGGUGUAGUGACAAUGGUUAAAGUAUUAUUCCUCCACCCAGAUUUGGGUAUCGGCGGUGCCGAGCGACUGGUACUGGAUGCCGCAUUGGCUUUCAAAAGGAAAGGACACGAGGUUGCUUUCUAUACAAAUCAUCAUGAUGCUAGUCACUGUUUUGCGGAGACAAGAGACGGAACAUUUCCAGUAACAGUUGUAGGCGACUGGUUACCGAGAUCUCUAUUUGGUAGAUUUAAGGCGGCCUGUGCGUACGUGCGCAUGGUUUAUGCAGCUGUAUAUUUGGCUUGGUAUGUUAUACCCGUAGAGGAACCGACGCUUAUAUUUUGUGAUUUAAUAUCCCUUUGUAUUCCAUUUUUGAAAAUGGCCCAUGGGCCAUUCCGUGUCGUAUUUUAUUGCCAUCAUCCAGAUAAAUUGUUGACUUCUGAAGGAGGGGUCCUUAAAAAGCUGUACAGAGCACCAUUGAACUGGCUGGAGGAGUUGACGACAUCUCAAGCUGAUAAGGUCCUAGUUAACAGUAAAUUCACAGCUAGGGUUUAUCAGGAUGCAUUUCACAAAAUCAAAGAUAUUCCAGAUAUUUGUUAUCCAUCAAUAAACACAGAGUUCUUCAAGAGCACAACACCUAUACCAUUGAAAGAAGUUGUCCCUGUUGGUACAAAUAAGUUUUUAUUCUUAUCUAUAAAUAGGUAUGAAAGGAAAAAGAAUUUACAACUGAUUCUAAGAGCAUUUGAACACUUGAAACAUAUUAUAAGUGAAUCUGAGUGGGAUCAUGUGCAUUUAAUAAUGGCUGGAGGGUUUGAUCCAAUAAAUUUGGAAAAUAUGGAGCACUACAUUGAAUUGACUGACUUAGCAGCUGAAUUAGAUAUUGAAGAUAAAGUGACAUUUAUGAAGUCUCCAAAAGAUGUUGAAAAGGUAUCCCUUCUGUAUCACUGCAAAGCAUUGGUUUACAGUCCGUCUAAUGAGCAUUUUGGUAUAGUUCCUCUGGAAGCUAUGUACUACAGUAAGCCAGUGAUAGCUGUAAAUAAUGGAGGCCCAACAGAGACAAUAGUUAAUGAUGUUACCGGGUCCCUCUGUGAACCAAAAACUGAAGCAUUUGCAACUGCUAUGAGCAGAUUAAUAUUGAUCCCAGAGCUUGGUGAAAGAUUGGGUGAGGCAGGACGUAAGAGGUUUGAAACUAAGUUCUCGUUUGAUGCAUUCACUGAACAGCUUGAUGGUAUAUUGACUAGAGAGAGACAGUUCAUAUCUGAAGCAAGAGCUAUAGAGUAUGAACAGAAGAAACAUAAAUAACAUAAUGUUGACUCUCCAACAAUAUUUGAUGUUGUUUGAGAGUGUACUUAACCAAAGAUCUUAUUGUCAAUAAGAAUUAUU